AUGCGGGUGAUUCAGCGCCUGGAACCCAAGAGUCCGAAGGUUCGUGUGAAACAAGAAAAAGGGACGACAAAAAGCUCCACUGCAGCCCGGAGUCAGACGACGAAUAUCGUGAAGCUCGAGAAUGCCCAGCGUGCUGUGAAGGUGGACCUGGACCUGGAGGAUUUGACCCCGACAGGCGCCGCCCAGAAUGCUGACAGAAAGAAGGUUGCAGCAAUCAAGGGGCGGAGUGUCAGACAGCUCUUGGAUGACAGACUCAUCAGGACCAAGCGUUUCUUGUUGCCAAAGACCGUGAUGAUGAAAGUGAUGCGCGAGAUCCUCCAGGAAAUGAAACCAGGUUUUCGCAUGCAGCCUGACGCGUGUCGGACUCUGCAGCAAGGAGCCGAGUUGUUCCUGGACAGUGUGUUUCACCGUUCAAAUGUGUUUCGUCAGAAGAUCGACGCCGAGCGUGAGACACUGCUUCCACUUGACAUGCAGCUAGCAUUGAUGUGA